AUGCCGUUCCUAUCGGAGGCUGCGAGUGCAAUUAAGAGCAGGUUUGGGUUCCACGACCAUCCCUCCGAAUCGCUUUCGCUGAUUCAGAAUACUCCAGAUCUUCUGAAAUCCGCGGCCAAAGACACUCUCGCUCAAAGCUCUGUAGUUCGAAAUAUACGUGAUUGGGAAGAUGAAAGUGUAGUUGGACCAAGUAGCACCGCCUUUUCGUCGAGUCAGAGCUUCGAAUUCUGCGAGGAUCCUUCCUUCUGGAAAGAUCACAAUGUGCAGGUUAUAAUUAGAAUGCGCCCUCUUAGCAAUGCUGAAAUAUCGGUUCAAGGGUGUGGAAAGUGCGUUAAGCAAGAGAGUUGUCAGACAAUUACUUGGUCUGGGCAUCCUGAGUCACGGUUUACUUUUGAUCUUGUUGCAGACGAGAAUGUUAGCCAGGAGAAGCUCUUUAAAGUAGCUGGUUUACCAAUGGUAGAAAAUUGCAUGGGAGGCUACAACAGCUGCAUGUUUGCUUAUGGUCAAACUGGAAGUGGGAAGACACACACCAUGCUUGGAGAUAUUGAGGGGGGAACUAGAAGACACAGUGUCAACUGUGGAAUGACACCAAGAAUUUUUGAGCACUUAUUUUCUAGAAUUCAGAAGGAAAAAGAGGCUCGCAGAGAUGAAAAGUUAAAGUUUACAUGCAAAUGUUCUUUCUUGGAGAUAUAUAAUGAACAGAUACUUGAUCUUCUCGAUCCAUCAUCUAACAAUCUGCAGAUAAGAGAAGACAGUAAGAAAGGAGUUUAUGUGGAAAAUAUUAAGGAAGUAGAAGUUACAAAUGGUCGAGAAGUCAUUCAACUACUUAUUCAGGGUGCUGCGAACAGGAAGGUAGCUGCUACUAACAUGAAUCGUGCUAGCAGUCGUUCUCAUAGUGUAUUUACUUGCAUCAUUGAGAGUCAGUGGGAAUCUCAAGGAGUGACUCACUUUCGAUUUGCUCGACUUAAUCUUGUUGAUUUGGCUGGGUCUGAGAGGCAGAAAAGUUCUGGUGCUGAAGGGGAACGCCUCAAGGAAGCUACGAAUAUCAACAAAUCUCUUUCCACAUUGGGGCUUGUGAUUAUGAACCUAGUUAGUAUUUCUAAUGGGAAGUCGCUCCAUGUUCCUUAUCGGGAUUCAAAGCUAACAUUUCUACUUCAGGAUUCCCUUGGAGGGAAUUCAAAAACGAUCAUAAUUGCAAAUAUAAGCCCCUCCAUUUGUUGCUCGCUUGAGACAUUAAGCACGUUGAAGUUCGCACAACGUGCCAAAUUUAUCAAGAACAAUGCUAUUGUAAAUGAGGAUGCAUCUGGAGAUGUCAUUGCCAUGAGACUUCAAAUUCAACAACUUAAGAAAGAAGUAUCCCGUUUACGGGGUCUGGUUGGUGGAGGAGAAAUUCAGGACAAUGACACUUCAGUAAUCAGCUUUCCAGGUUCUCCGGGAUCUUUCAGGUGGGAGGGCGCUCAAGGAUCAUUCAGUCCAUUAACCUCUGUUAAAAAGAUAUCUCAGAAAAAAGAUUAUGAUGUUGCCCUUGUUGGAGCCUUUAGAAGAGAAAAGGACAAAGAGAUGGAACUGCGGGCACUAAGAGAUGAAAUUCAAGCAGCCAUGAAGCUGGUUAAACAAAGAGAAGAUGAGAUACAAAGUUUGAAGAUGAGACUAGGUUUUCGAGAAGCUAGAAUAAAAAGGUUAGAAAUAGUUGCUUCUGGGAAGAUUUCAGGUGAGACACACUUACAGAAUGAAAAAGAGGAGCAUUUGAAGGAAAUUGAGGUCCUGCGGGCCCAGGUGGAUCGGAAUAAAGAUGUAACUAGAUUUGCUAUGGAAAAUUUGCAGCUAAAAGAAGAAAUUAGAAGGUUGAAGUCAUUUUGUGAGGAAGGUGAACGAGAAAUGAUGAGUGAACAGAUCAUGGUAUUGCAAAACAAGUUGUUAGAGGCACUAGAUUGGAAAUUUAUGCAUGAACCAGAUCUGGUAAGGGUUCAGUUUUUCACAAAAACAAAUUCUGAUUCAGCCAACGAAGAUGUACCUAAUGAUGGUAAUCUCAUUUCCAAACAGGAGCCAAGUCCCAAAUCACGUUGGCAGUCUUCUCUUAGGGAAGAAAAUGAGUUUCUCCGGAUUCAGGCUAUACAAAACCAGGCAGAAAUGGACACAAUUCGCAAGAAGCUAGAGGUUUGUCUCGGAGAGAAAGAAAAAUUGGAAAGGCAUGUUGAUGAUUUGGCAACAAAAUUAGAACAAGAGAAAUCUCAAACUAGCGAAGGACAGAAGCAAAUUGAUCUUCCAUCAACAGCUGAUAUGCCUGUCAUUAAUAGCAAUGACCAACUGGAGUUGAAAGCAAUGGUUGAUGCUAUUGCUGCUGCCAGUCAAAGAGAAGCGGAGGCUCACGAGACAGCAAUAAUGCUGUCAAAGGAGAACGAUGAACUCAAAAUGAAGCUUAAAGCUUUGAUUGAGGAUAAUAGUAAACUGAUUGAAUUGUAUGAACAAGCUGCUGCUGAGAGUAAAGGAGACUGUACUGAAGAAAUUAGUUCCAAAGUUGACAAUGGUUGCUAUCUUCCUGAAGCAAGAGAAGAGGAGACUGAGUUGAAAAGAGUGGUUGAGAAUCUCCAGCAUCAGCUGAUGGAAAUGAAUGAAGAAAAUGAAAAGCUGAUGAGUUUGUAUGAAAGAGCCAUGCAGGAGAGGGAUGAUCUUAAAAGAACUCUUUCAUGUCAAGAACAUGAAAGAGUUGGAACCAAAGGAGAUAUGGACUGCCCGGAAAAGCUUGUUGAAGUUGAUGGAGGGGAAAGAGAUUCCAGAGUAGACACUGUUUCCGAGGAAGAGCAGGGUAGAGGUGAAAGCAAAUACGUUAACGAAACUACUAUAUCUGGGUCUGAUUUAUGCCUCAAUUAUGAUGGAGAUGAAGACGACAAGCUUUUAAAGGAGAACAAUGGGGGUGAUGUACCGUUCAACUCUGAGAUGGACAUUGAGGUAUCGGAUGUCAGCGAAGCAAACUUAUCAAAGGAAUUAAAUUGUGCUACAAAGAAUCUUGAAAGAGUUGAUGAACAUAUUUCGGAUGCUGUUAGAACUAUAGCUUCACUUGGUUGUGCUGAAAAAGCAAUGGUCCAGGUUGAUAAGCUCUCUAGAGAAAUUGAGUUGAUAGAACAUGAUAUUCAGGUGAAACGUCAGCAGUUUGAAUCCUUGAAACUUCUGCUUUCUGAAGCACGGGAAAGAAGAACAAUAGUUGAUAGGAAAUUCUCUGCGCUAAAAUAUUCAUUAUCAAGCUUCCCGUCAACGUUUUCUUACUUUGAGCAACGGGAAGCAAGGGCAAGAGCAUUGGUGAAUGACUUAACAUCUAUUCUUGACAAAAAGAAAGAGGAAUUGGCUGCUCUUCAAGCUUCCAAACAGGGACUGGAGAAUGCUCAAAAGAAGAACCAAGAAUCCGAAGCUGAAUUAGUUGCAAAUAUUGCAUGCAUCAAAUCGAAACUGGAGGAAGAGAAUCGAAAGCGUGAAGGUGAAAAGGUUCUAUUUGCGAUUGAUAACACAGAGAGUAUAGAUUCCUCACUGAAAAAUUGGCAUCUAAGUGGUAAAGCCACCGAAUUACUUAAAUUAGAGGAAGAGAAAACAAAACUACAAGCAGAGAUGAAGCUUUCUCAAGAAAAACUCGGGGUAAUAAGAAAGGAACUGGGAAAUCUAAACAAGAAGGUGAUAAAUGUAGAGAGCCAGAUACAAGCUGUUGAACUGAAAAUACAGCAAUGUUUGAAGAACACAGAGGAGAAGGAGCUUGCACUUCAACGCGUGAUGAAAGAGAAAGAGAUGCUCUUAGAAUUUAAAGAUAAUGGUAUGUUUGAAAUAGAGCAUAUGAUCAUUGAACUCCAGCGAAAUGUGUUUGACUAUGACCUAAAGGAGGCUGAAAUAAAGAUUCUAGGAGAAGAAUUGCAAAUAGAUUUGGUAAGAGCCGAAGAGUUACAGACAGCUAGGAUCAUUGCUGCCAACAACAAAAACAAUUUCCUCUCUUCCACUUCUUAUUCAGGGAUGUUUGAGAAGUUAGAGGAGGAGAUGCAAAAUCUGCGGACAUCUAUUCUGGAAACAAAAUUGUUGCUAGAAGGCAUUUCCCGUGCCACCUAA